AUGCAGACUUUUGGUCUUGAAAAUGGAAACAUAAUGCAACUGCAGUUUUGUUCCCAGCUGGCCACAAUUGCUCCUAAUCUAAAACAGCACAAUGUGUACUCUGAAGGAUGCCAGUUCCAUUCUUUCAAAAAGAUUCUUUAUGAGGUGGGACCUGAAUACUAAAACAAUGUUGAGCUGGCCUCUUUUCACUCCACCUCUAAGGGAUACACGGGCAGAUGUGGCUGCAGAGGAUGUUAUGUGGAGGUCAUUUACUUGCACCCAGAAAUUAAAGGACAGCUUGUUAAGCUGCUUUCUGCUCGCCUUUGUCCCCAAGUCACAGGACAAGCAGCAAUGGAUAUUGUAGUGAAUCUUCCAAUACCUGGAGAAGAAUCUUAUGCACAGUUCAUAAAGGAGAAGGAGUCUGUUCUGAACAAUCUUGCCAAAAAAGCCAAACUAGCAGAAGACAUGUUUAACAAGAUACUAGGCAUUCACUGCAGUGCUCUUCAAGGAGCUAUGUAUGCUGUCCCACAGAUCUUUAUUCCUUCCAAAGCCAUUGAGGAAGCAAAGGCUCAUAAAGUGGCACCUGAUAUGUUCUAUUGCAUGAAACUUCUGGAAGAGACUGGAGCAUGUGUUGUACCUGGAAGUGGAUUUGGCCAAAGAGAAGGAACCCACCAUUUCAGAAUGACCAUUCUUCUUCCAGUAGAGAAGCUGAAGAUCCUACUGGAGAAAGUGAAAGACUUCUACAUAAAGUUUCUUGAAAAACAUGAAACUACUGUGGCUUUUUCCCCCUCAUCCCCUCCCCUUCAAAGGAAAUGAAGGCAAUGAACAAAGAUGUGCUGAGAAUGUGCUGUUCAUCUAAUUUAACUAAAUUCAAACCAGAUAGAACCAGUCUCAGAUACUGCUACAACUUAUUGGACUAUUAACGUUAAUGUCUCGUAUAGAAGACAUUGUUACACCAACCUUUUUUUUUUUUUAAUGUGAAGAAAGUGGUGAGAAGAAAGACUCAAUAAAUGUUUUUGUGCCUUGAUUGGAAGUUACAUUGUGGACUUUUGACUCAAUAGGUUGGGAAAGGGAAUUGCUCAUUAAAAUUAUUACUGUUAUGUGGGGUUUUUUUACCAAAUGGAAAUGCCAAGAUAAAUUGUUUAGCUAGGGAUAUGUUCCCCAUCCUAAAAUUCUACUAAACAAAAACUCAAGCCCCUACAUUAUAGGUAUUAUUUGGUUUAAUUUUUAUUGUUAUUAAGUGUGAAGUCUUCAAAUCUGAUUAAGGAUGUAGGUAUACCUCAUGCUUAUUUAAAAAUCUUUGGCACAUGUGUGCAGAUACCUCUGAAAUUCCGCUAGAAAGAAAUCCUGCCAUCACAGCAUAAUCAGGAUGGAAUAUACAGUUUUGACCAGAGGAGUGAAUACAAUGUCUGCUUGAACCCUAUUUUUAUGAAACUGAAACAUAAUGAGGAAUAUAAUCUUCUUCUUCAUGUGGUGUUCAGCACAAAAUCCCAGCACAAGAGCGCUGAACAUUUCCUCUCAUAACAACUCCAUGAGCCUCCUGUUAACUCACUUCUUUUAUACACAUGGAACAUAGUAAGGUACUGUUUCAAAGCAGAUGAGAGCACAGUCAGUCCUUUCAGGUGGGCUGAAACAUAACACACUUCCAGAACCACUCUGUUUAUGGAGAACAUUUGUUUGGAAUCACAUGACGGAGCCCCGCGGUGUGGCCAAAAUCCAGCUUGAACUGGCAAAGACUAACACAUGUUGUUACCAGGGGAAAUGCUGGGGGGGAUUUCUAAUGAAGGAAAAGGUCUUUAAAGGAAAAUGUCUUGCACCAAGCGUAAAGAGAAAUGAUAGUACAGCUGACACUUAAAUCUUCCACAGUCAUACCACUGGCUGAAUGACCCUGAGUGCUUAUUAAAGCCUGGCUCAACGAGGUUGAUAUCUAGGAGUACAGCUGUAUGACUCCACUAAUCUAUGCCAGUUUCCCUGCAAAACAAAGGACAGCUUCUGUUUCUCUAGAGCUGGAAGCUGGACACCUCCUACUAGCUCUGAUAAAGGCUGAAGAAACAGAGCUUCCAGUAUUCAGAUGUGAAAGCAUUAGCAUUUGUCAGGCUUUGCCUCAGCAUUUACAGAGUUUAUUCAUUAAGAUAUCACAUUUAAUCCAGUCAUUAAGUUUAAGUUAUUAUUUAGAAGUAAACUCAUUUUCAUGUCUAUUAGCACUUUGUUAGGCUGCCUCUGUAGCUGGUUCAACGUCCUCUGCUGGUCCAAGUUGCUAAAGCCAAGGGCUACAGAAUCACCAUAUGGAUAAAUCUGUGCCAAUUUAUUAUGUGUGGAAGACAAGAGGUAGUGCCAAUAACUGUCCUUGCAAGAGCAGCUACCAGUAUGACACAGUGUUAGCAGUGGGUGUACUUCUCACAGUUCCUUACUGAAGUCUGUGAGAACAAUUUAGUCCCUGUCAAUCACCUGCCAGUGGUCCCAGGUUCAUGGAUGGAAAUGGCACACUGCUACAGAGAGUGACUGUGGAGGCCUGGAGAAAAAUCAUCCACUUAUCCUUGGAGAAAUGCACCUGUGGGAGGACAGCAGACUGAGAAUAUUUAUGCUGCUACUAUCCAUUGAUAAAUACAACCUUUUAUCUGUUGGCAUCCUUAAUGUGCACUAAUGAAACAAAUCCAGAAAGCAAAACCAUAGCAGGAGAUCAGAAUAUUGAUGUAAAAAUAAGACAAACAGCACUUUCCCAUUCUAGGAAUGUGUCCAAAUGAGAUCUGGCUUUGGACUUGUAAAGCAGUGUAGACUGAAAAUAAGAUCUAAUGAUGGGAGUUAGGAUAUUUUUUUUUAUAUUUUUGUAACUACAGCUUUUUCAUGAGGUAGUAUUUGUAAUCUAAUAAGUCAGUAGAUUUUAUAUUUGCCUUGCAUUUGCACCUGAUACUUCUGGAAAAAAAUGUAAAUGUUUACAAGUUUCUAAUUUACAGAUAUUUAUACAUUAUUUAAGAUAAUUUACAGAUGUGAAAGGCUUUUUGUUUUGUUGAGACAGCAAUUCUUACACUUUAAAAUCAAAAUAUAAUGUCAUAAACUGAGUUUUUUCUAAACAUUCUAUUAAGGGGCCUUUUAUGUCUGUGACAUUAUAAGGGAUAACAAUUUUUUCUUGGUGCGUCUCAUGUGGAAGGGUGGUGAUUUCUACUGUCCAUCCACAAUAUUUAUAUGUAUUAUGAUAAGGUUAAUGUGCAUUUUUGUGGAACAAUCCUGUAAAGCUAAGAAAAGAGGCUUUAUUUUCCAUGUCUUUGAAAUCUUUAAUUAAUGACAGACAAUCCUUACUUUCAAAUGCAUACUUCUAGGUUUGAUCUUCCUACAGGUGCUCCUUAUAACAGUACUUCAGAUGUAUGAGACUUCCAAAUAAUAAAGCAUGUUAAAAAAAG